CAAUAUCAAGCCAUAAAGUCUCAACUUUUAGAGAGAGAAACUAGAGAGAGAAAGAGAAGCAACAAAAAAAAAAACUUAGGUUUUCUAUGCUUACGCCGAAGAAGAUACCGGAAAAACUUUGAAGGUUGUUAACUUUUAGCCCUGAAUAUUAACUCAUAUUCCAUUUUAGUCCUACACUUUUUCUGAAACUUCGUUUUACGUCGGGCUUAUGUUUUGAUUGAUCGUUUUACGUCCAAAUUAAUGGAUGAAAUUUGGGAAAGAGCCGUAGAAACUGCGUUAGACGGCGAAACAAACUUCAGUUCAGUGAAAAACCUAACAUUAGACGGAGCCGUUAAGUGUGUUCAUGGAAAAUUACCUCAACCGUCAAUUUUCGAACGAUUUACGAAUCUCGAACACUUAUCUAUAGCGAAUAUCGGUGUUUCAUCGUUAGAACAGUUUCCAAAGCUUCGUAAUCUUCAAAAAUUGAUUUUAUCUGAUAAUAGAAUUGCUGGAGGUGUUGAAUUUCUCGUAGAUGCUGGUUUAAAUUCACUGAGGGAUUUAGAUUUAUCGAAUAAUCGGAUUAAUGAUAUUGAUGAUUUGAGACCUUUGGCUGAAUUGAGACUUGUUUCGCUUGAUCUGUAUGAAUGUCCGGUAACGAGAGUUAAGGAUUAUCGAUCUAGGGUUUUUGGAUUGAUUAAGUCGUUGAAGUAUUUGGAUAAGAUGGAUUUGGAAGGGAAUGAGAGACCGGAAUCGGAUGAUGAAGAGGAUGAGGAUGAAGAUGAGGAUGAUAAUGAUAAUGAGGAUGACGUGGAUGAUCCGGGGAGUGGGGAGGUGGACGGUGAGGAUCGACCGAGUAAUGGACAUAGUAGGGUUAGGGUUGGGAGUGAAGGUGUUGUUGAUGUUGAUGAGGAUGAAAGUGAUGCUGAUGAGGAGGAGAUGGAGAUAACGAGAGCGAUUAACGGGUCGAAAAGCCAAGAAAAUGGUGUUCUAGAUGAGGAGGGAGAUGAUGAUGAUGAUGAUGAGGAUGAUGAGGACGAGGAUUUUGUGGAGGAGAUAGAUGAGGACGGAGAUGACGAGGAUGAUGUUGUGGAGGUACACGAGAUAGAGGAUAGUGAUGACGAGGAGGAUGGUGUGGAGGAUGAUGAAGAUGAUGACGAGGAUGAGGAUGAGGAGGAGGUUGAUAAUGAUGAGGGGGAUGGAGAGGAGCCGGAGAGUACUACAGGGAGGUUGAAUAGUACGGAAGGGGAGAUUGAUGGACAUGAGCACGGGGAAGAUGAUGCGGACGAGGAUGAUGAUGGGGAGACGGGAGAGGAGGUGCAUGGUGUUGAGGAGGAGGAUGGGGAUUUCGAUGAUGAUGAUGAUGAGGAUGCUGAAGAUGAGGAAGAAGAUAAUGGCAAUGGCUACCUUGUUCAACCAGUUGGUCCUGUUGAAGUAGAAGAUGAUGCUGAAGGCAGUGAUAUGGAGCCAGUUAAUGGUGAUGAAGAUCCUGAUUUGGAGGAAGACAUUGAAGAUGAGGAGGAUGAUUAUGGUGAAGUUCAAGAGCUGCCACCCUCCUCCUCUUCGAAGAGGAAGAGAGAUGAUGAGGAUGAUGAUGGUGAGGAUGAUGACGAGGAGUUUGCCAAGUCAUCCAAGCAUCGUUAGCAACUGUAUCUGUGGUGGGUUUGAUGAAGGAGAUGAUGAACUUGAGAAUGGAUUUAUUCUCAGACUGGUGGUAGUUAUAACUGUUGAUCAUCUUUUCUUGGUGGGAAAUUCAGGUCUAUGAUGAUGGUAUACAAAUGUUCAAAAGUUGGUUAGUAAAUAUUGGCGCUCUUGCUUUGUUUGCAGUAGCCGUUGCCUAGUGAUUCAAAUGACAGUUGAUCCAACUACUCUUCAUGAGUAGGUUUUUGGAGGGGAAUUUGAAUUGAUUUGGGGGAAAAAAGCGAAAGGAAAAUCUCUGCGAGUUCUUCUACCAUAGUUAGUAGGUGAUGAAUAGACUUCAUUUUCCGCCUUUUUUUUCUUGAAUUUAAAAAGAAUGCUCUUUGCCUUUUUUAUGGGGGAUAGUUUUUUAAUUGGCUUGUGUAAAACAGCUUUGUGGAAUAGUUGUCUCUAUUAAGUUUAUCACACUGAGAUGGAUGAUGAGCCAGGCCCUUGAUCGAAUUAUGUCACAUGCAUUUCUUGUCAGCUUACUUUUACAGCUAAUUUUUUUGCAACUUGCAGGUGGUGCCAGAUGUCAGCUGUUUGUUGUCUCAAUUGAUUGCUCUCAUUUCCUGGUCUCCCAAUCAUGUGACCGAUGAUAUAUUAUACCCACCGGCCCCGAAUAUUAUUUAGUAAAAAAAAACAUAGAGAAAAAGCAAUGGUCCCAAUCCAAAAAAGGAAAAAAAAUUCCUCGCUUAUAUUGUGCUAAACGAACUUAUACCUCUUGCAUAGAGAUCGGAUUGGCGUUGGUGUCCUUGGGUAUUAGGCCGUGGUAAAAGUAUUGUUGGGCUUGGAAGCCCAGAAGUCUCGGUUGGCAAAUGAUCCAAGAGAGCAUGUUUGGGCUACAACAGAGCAGGCCAGUGAAGAAUUGUACUAAAUUUGGGCCGCCAGCUUAAACAGAAGGCUUCGUGCUUUUGUCCAACUAGUCAAUGCUUAUGUGACAAAAUGGGACAUGUCUCUUUGUUUAUGUGUUGUACUUGUGCUACUUUUUAAAGCAUUUUACAAAGAGAUGUAGCGCGUGUUGCGCUUGGUAUAUGUAUUUAAAUUUCUUAAACUUUCAAUUAUUGAAUUCAAUUGAAUGGUAUACAACCUUUUUCUUUC